CAGCCCCCCGGAGCGGUCAGAGCCUGCGCCACGGCAAGGUGAGGUGGUGGUGGCCCCCGCAGGACCUAAGAGCCAGUGCCCGGCCGUUGGUGGAAGCAUCCCUGCUGUCAUUGUCACGGACCUGGGGGGCCCAGAGGAGGAGGCAGGCGCCGUGCCCCCCGGCAGUCUGCCUGUCCGGAAACUGUCAUCGUCCUCAGCGUCUUCCACUGGCUUUCUGCCCCGUUCGUCCUGGGAGGAGUCCGAGGAGGACAUCUCCAGUGACCCCGAGCGCACCCUGGACCAGACCCCGGCCUUCCUGCAGACCCUGGACCAGCAGAAGCCCCGAGUGAGCAAAUCAUGGCGGAAGAUCAAGAAUAUGGUGCACUGGUCCCCGUUUGUGAUGUCUUUCAAGAAGAAGUACCCUUGGAUCCAGCUAGCGGGACACGCAGGUAGUUUCAAGGCAGCAGCUAAUGGCAGGAUACUGAAGAAGCACUGUGAAUCAGAGCAGCGCUGCCUCGACCGGCUGAUGAAUGAUGUCCUGAAGCCCUAUGUUCCUGCCUACCAUGGUGAUGUCGUGAAGGAUGGGGAGCGAUACAACCAGAUGGAAGAUCUCCUGGCUGAAUUUGACUCCCCUUGUGUUAUGGACUGCAAAAUGGGGGUCAGAACCUACUUGGAGGAGGAGCUGAUAAAGGCCCGGAAGAAGCCGAGCCUGAGGAAGGACAUGUACCAGAAGAUGAUUGAGGUGGACCCUGAUGCCCCCACUGAGGAGGAAAAUGUGCUACGGGCAGUAACCAAGCCCCGCUACAUGCAGUGGAGGGAGACUAUCAGCUCAACUGCCACACUGGGCUUCAGGAUCGAGGGGAUAAAGAAAGAGGAUGGCACUGUGAACCGGGACUUCAAGAAGACACGGACAAAGGAACAAGUCAUGGAGGCCUUCAGUGAGUUUACCAGAGGAAACAGGAAUGUUUUGAACAGUUACCUUAACCGGUUGAAGGAUAUCCGUGCUACCCUGGAGACAUCCCCAUUCUUCAAGUGCCAUGAGGUAAUUGGGAGCUCCCUCCUCUUCAUUCAUGACAAGCAGGAACAGGCCAAAGUCUGGAUGAUUGACUUUGGGAAAACCACCCCGCUGCCAGAGGGACAGGUUCUCCAACACAACGUGCCCUGGGUGGAAGGGAACAGAGAGGACGGCUACCUCUGGGGGCUGGACAACCUCAUUCAGAUCCUGACAGAGUUGUCCAAGAACGAAGACUUGCAUUAAAGCCACACGUCCAACUCUGCCACUACCCCCAACCUGCCCUUGACUGACUCUUCUGAACUGCACUACAAGACACUUUCCUGCCCUUGCCCUUCCCAUUUGAGAUCUAUACUCUCCCUAUU